GCCUUGUAUGUGAAAGGUGUGUCGAGGUGUGUCUUAUAAUGGCUAUCUCUUCUUCUCUUAUUUCUCCUCUCUUGAGGCAGAAUGCAGCCAUUCCCUCACUCAUUCAUGUCUUCUCAAGAACACUUAGAACCAGCUCGGCCUUCACUCUCAAAUCAAGCCAGCAAUUUGAUUGGAGGGAUCCGCUCAAUCUUGAGGUGUGUCUCAAAGAAGACGAGAUCAUAAUGAGAGACCAAGUGAGACAAUACUGUACUGAGAAACUAAUGCCGAGGGUACUGGAAGCAAACAGAUACGAAAAAUUCGACACGAGUAUUGUAUCCGAGAUGUUCUAUUUCAGGAUUACUAAUUCUCCUAUAGCUGAUGUUUUUGUUGUUUGGGCCAAAUGUACUGAUGAUGGAAAGAUCAGAGGAUUCAUACUAGAAAAAGGUAUGGCUGGGCUCUCUGCUCCAAAGAUAGAAGGAAAGUUCUCCUUAAGAGCGUCAGUGACUGGUCAGAUAGUAAUGGAGGACGUGGUCAUACCAGAAACUAACCUGCUACCACUAGCAGAGGGACUGCAGGGACCAUUUGGUUGUCUCAAUAAUGCAAGGUAUGGUAUUGGUUGGGGGGCACUAGGAGCAGCUGAAUUCUGUCUACACACAGCCCGCCAAUACACACUGGACAGGAAGCAAUUUGGACGUCCUCUAGCUGCAAACCAGCUUAUCCAAAAGAAAAUGGCUGACAUGAUAACAGAGAUAUCAAUUGGUCUUCAAGCUUGCCUACAAGUUGGUAGACUAAAAGACGAGAAUAAAGUUUCUCCUGAAAUGAUUUCACUGAUAAAGAGGAAUUCUUGUGGUAAAGCAUUAGACAUUGCAAGAGCAGCACGAGACAUGCUAGGAGGUAAUGGAGUCAGUGAUGAGUAUCAUGUUAUAAGACACGUAAUGAACCUUGAAGCUGUUAAUACUUAUGAAGGUAGAGAGAGAGAGAGAG